ACAGAGGUUAAUGGGUCAUAUUCUUUUGAGAAUGAAUUUAAAAUGAAGAAUCUUGAUGGAUUGUGGGGUGCCCUGUUGUCUCUAUUAUGAUUGUUGAUUUUUUUAACUAUUAUCUUCGGAGUGUUGCAACAAGCGACAGUGCAUUUUUGCAGAAUAAUAAUGGGAUUCUCAGUAUGUUCAUUUGCUUUCCUUGUGUAGAGAAUUCUCUUCAGCUUGCUGAAAGACGUGAGCAGUUGAUCUGAAGGAAAGGUAUGGGGAUGGCAUCUUUUAUAUGGGGUGCUGCACCAAUCAUGGUGAUGCUAUCAGUGGAGUGCACGGAUGUCGGUUUAGCUGUAAUAAGCAAAGCUGCCCUGACCAGAGGAAUGAACAACUUCGUCUCCGUUGUCUACUAUAAUGCUCUUGCUACUCUUAUCCUCCUACCUUACGUCAUCUUCCACAGGAAGAGGGGAGCUCCCCUCACACUUACACUUCUUUGUAGAUUCUUCCUCCUUGGUUUAAUUGGGUAUUCAAGCUGGCACAUGCAUAUCUACAUGAUUUUAGUGUUUUCACUUGAGCAUAUCUUUCACAUUUUUAUCCAUCAUCCAACUGUAGAGAUUUUCUUUUUUAGGAGUUCAGGGCAAAUGAUUUAUUUCAUUGGUGUUAAGUACAGUUCCCCUACUCUGUCAUCUGCAAUGGGAAACCUUAUUCCGAUUUUCACCUUUGCACUUGCAGUGAUUUACAGGAUGGAAACCAUAGAUUUGAGAAGAUCAAGCAGCUGGGCCAAAACUUUGGGUGCCAUUGUAGCGGUGAUGGGAGCGUUCAUAGUGACCCUCUACAAGGGCCCUGAAAUUUUGCUGGCUUCACCAGCUGAUUUCCGACAUCAGCUUCUUUUCUCAAGGCAAUCAAGAUGGGUCUUUGGAGGUCUCCUCCUUGCAGUGACUGCCCUUUUGGCUUCAGUGUGGGGCAUUGUUCAGGCACAUACUGUAAAGGAGUAUCCAGAAAAGAUGACCAUAGUCUUCUUCUUCACACUCUCCGUGACUAUCCAAAGUGCAAUUAUUUCUUUCAUUUUGGAAACAAAUCCAGAUUCAUGGAAACUGAAGACUUCCAUUGAAGUGAUUGCCAUCGUUUCCCAGGCAAUCUUUGGGAGUCUUUUCAGAAUUUCUGUUCACACAUGGUGUCUGCACUGGAAGGGACCUGUAUUUGUAUCCAUGUUCAGGCCGUCGGCGAUGGUCAUUGCGGUGGUCAUGUCAGUCAUAUUCCUUGGUGAUACUCUUCAUCUAGGCAGUAUUAUUGGGUCUACGAUAAUUGCACUUGGAUUUUAUACCGUGUUGUGGGGGCAAAGUCAAGAGAAAAAUACUAGCUUGGAAGAUGAAGUUGGUAGCUCCGGAACAUCCAGCCAACAGACCCCUCUUUUGCCCAAAGCUGCCGAUGAAGAUAUAUAAUGGAGUCUGUCUGAAGACUUGAGACAGUUGAAAAAGAAAAAUAUUGAAGGAAGCUUGUAAGAUAUUGUAAGAUAUUACCUGGUAAAAGAUAUACUGAAGAUGCGUAAUUGGAAGUAAGUGAAUGAGUAGAACAACUGAACAUUGAUAGUGGUAGCA